AGCAGCAGCAGCAGCAGCAGCUCUAUAAAGCUCCUCUUGCCAUCCCUGACACUCCACCAAGAGCAGCCACUGACCUGCCUCAGGCUCUGCUGCCACAGCCCCCUUGGCCAGCACAGCUCUGCUCCCCAGCUCGCACCAUGGAAUCUUGUCACUCUCCACGGCAAUACAAUGUCACUUCAUAUGGGGCCACAACCAUGGCCAUCAUCACCCUGGAGGCAUUUCCUGGCAUGUGGAUCAAUGCUUUCAUCGUUGGUGUGCUUUGCAUUGGCUGGGUCAAAAAGAAAACCCUGAACUCUAAUGAGAAGAUCCUGCUGCUGCUGGGAUGCUCCAGGUUUUGGUAUUUGUGCAUCACAUGGGUAUAUAAAUUUCUUUCCUUUAUUUAUCCCAAUUACCUUUAUGUUCCCACCAUACUUCAACUAGCUAUAUUUUUUCAAGCCUUUUUUAAUCAUUGCAACUUGUGGUUUUCUGCCUGUCUUUGUGGUUUCUACUGCAUAAAAAUUGCCAAUUUCAGGAACAGGUCCUUCAUCUACCUGAAAGUAAAAAUUGACAGGAUGGUGCCCUGGCUCUUGUUAGGGUCAGGGAUUUUAGCUUUGGCUGUCGGCAUCAUUGGCUAUGACGUCGCUGAUAAACCGCACUGCAACAGCAAUUCCACUGGACAAGGAAAUUUUGGGUCAGCAAACAUCAAAAUGGAUAAACAUUUUUUCCCUUCUUUUUUUCUUGCUGGCUUUGAAUAUGCUGCUUCAUUCAUGGCAGUCAUCUUUUCUGCUGUUUUCCUUCUCUUUUCUCUCUGGAGACACAAGCACAAGAUGCAGACAAACUCCAUGAAGGAUCUCAGCAUGGAAGCCCACAUAAGAGCCAUGAAAUCUAUUUUGUCCUUCUUAGUGAUGUACAGUAUCAACUUUGUAUGUUUGGUCUUAAAUAUGGUUUAUGUCACAAAGAAGGCAAAUCAUAUGACAUUUCUCAUUCUACUAUUUCAAUACAUUUUUCCGGGUCUUCACUCCCUUAUUCUGGUUUUCAGCAAUCCGAAGCUGGAAAAGACACUGCUAAAGAUUCUUCCCUUGGAAAGAACUGUAAAGCGCAAGGUUUGCAUGAGUUAGGAACUGUAAUAAAAUCUCGAGCCCAUACAAAAUG